CAAUAGCUACCGACAACCACAAUACCAGCAGCUGCACCGUCCGAGCCCGCGACCAGACCAGACAAGAUCGAGUGGAUUGCGAUUCGGAUCUCCUCUCUCUUAGAUAUCACAGAGAGCAUGGCCAAGCAAGCCGAUUCUGGCUCUGCUGUGGCCGUCAAAGGCUUGGAGGCCGCUGACAAGCAGAUUGCUAUGCUGAAGGAUCGUCUGCUGCCAUAUGAUCCGCAUAUCGUCACGGUCCCCACAAUCUACCCCUACUCGGGCGGUUACGACUACGAGAACAAAGGCACGCCCUUCGAAGAGUAUGAAGUGAAGCAGCUUCAAUAUGUCACUCUGGUCGGGGAGACUGAUCGCGGAACAGCGAAGCCAUGGCCGGCUGCUGAGUGGGUGGAUACGAUCGAAGCUCGCUCUCCGGCCAGUAUGGCUGCGCGCAGUAAUACGACGACGCCGAAUGCUGCUGCGAAUGCGGUUAAGGAGUCCAAGAUCCCGAAGACGAAGAUCUCGAUUGCCGAUUACAAGAAUAUGAAGAAGACGGGGGUGAAGUCUUCUCCUAAUCCUACGGGUGCUGGCAAGCCGGCGCAUUCCAGGAAUAUCAGUGCUGUGUCUGGUGGUGAGCCUUUGAGUUGGGACAACUCUUUCGAGGGAGUUGCGGAUGUGAGGCAGAAUGGUCUAGCAACUUCUUCUAGUGCUGAAAAGGGAGCUGUGAAGCCAGUUGAGAAAUCUGCAGUGCACGCGUCCGGCAUAUCGAAUGCAAAGGCGCAUCCACCCGCGAGCACAAACGGACAUAACCAUAUUUCAGAUCACGCACGCUCCAAAGAAUUUACCUCCCAUCCACCAACCUCUCGACCUCCUCCAGAACAUAUCAAGCAUGGCUUGCCUCCUCGACCUCCUUCCCCACCCCGCAGUACCCCCACAUACAACCUUCCCGAUUCGAAGCAGCAGAAGCGACCCCUGGAGUCAGCUGAUACAUCACAACCAGAGAAGAGAUCGAAGAUUGAACAUUCAAGAACACCUUCCAACUCACAGAAUAAUCAUUCGAGAACUCCGUCCGGCUCUCAAAAUCAUCUUCCACGAAAACCGAAUACUCCUUUAGAUUCAAAACCGUCACCCCUCAAGUCACAAACACAGGUCCAUUCAUCACCUCACGCGAAGAAGACCCCCGUGACCAAGCCUGCCUCCAAAGAUACCCCAAAGCACUCCGAGAAGCCAUUGGACCUUCCUCCCAUCUUAUCGCCCCUACCUGCCGAUCUUGGUAGUAGUCCAGCUUCAGGAUUCGCCACUAAGAAGACUGAAGGCAAGAAGUCUGCUCAAGGCACACCUUCAAAGCAUGGUCUUGGAUCAGAUACGAUUGUCGUCAGAAGGGCUCCUUCUCCUCUCAAAGAGAUACCUCAACCCUCACGGGCAGCCUCUGAAACUUUCGAACUUCCACCACUCCUCUCACCUACUCUCCCCGAUGUCGUCGAACAAGAGCUUCUUCGACUACAACAAAAGUCCGCUGCUCUGAACAAUGAAGCUCGCCUCAGCAGCGUUGAAGCUCGUCAUGAGAAGGCUCGUCGUCCUGAUACGCCUGGUGUUGCUCGAAAGACGACGGUGCCGAAGGUUGGUCAUCCGCCGAAGAAGUCGCAUGCAGAGUCAAGCAAGGGACCUGCAGAGAAGAGCAGUCUGAUUGUUAAGCUCAAGUACAAGAAGCGGAGAGCAGAAGGCAUUCGGCGCAUUCUUGGUAUUCGCGCCAAGCCAAGUCAGGAUUUCGUCCGGCUUGAGAAGCAACGCAUUGCUGGUCAGCAGAAAGAGUCGAGACCACUACAAGAUGAAGACUCUGAUGAUGCUGAUGAGCCGAUGGCCAAGACUGCUGCCAAAGCUCCUGCUUCUGCUUCGAAGAAACGCCCGGAACCUGUUGAGCCUCGAUCUGAGCCUCCCGCAAAGCGUCUCAAAGGUCCAGAAAGCAUCGAUGUCGCCAAGUCAAAGACGGCUCUUGAACCUGCUUUCAAGUCUCCUGCCUUGUCUCAACCAAACCAGAAGGGUCUACUAUCUACGCCGAAGAAGGGAGAUGCAAUGAAGAGUGCUACGAUGCGGAAAGUCAAUUCUAGCGACGGCCAUGCUCAUACUCCUCAAACGAGCACAAGCACUCCCACAUCUGCCGAGAAACCUCGCGUCAACGGUGCCAGCCACCUCGACUCGAGGGAUCUGUGCAUUUAUCUCAAACGCAAGAUGGACUCGAUUCUUCAUCUGAAGGACGGCAAACGAGAUACCGUCGAUGAAGCCGCCAAGAAGCUAGGUCUGUCCGUCGCCCUAGAAUGCGUCGCCGUGUACAUGGUCACCUUCGCCGUUUCCGACCGCGGCAACAAGCGCCGCUCAUCCAAGGACUGGGAAAGCGUCAUCCAACUCUGGGAAUUCAUCAACGGCCUCGCCAAGAACACCGUCCUCCAACGCCUCAGUUUCGAGCUCGGCGCCCUCUGCAGAGAAGAAUUAGGACGCGCAUACAACGAACGACUAACCGAGAAAUUCGACCCGGAAAUCGCUAAAGUCCUCCUGGCAAACUCAACCAAGAAAGACAGGAAUUGGUACCUGGCCCAUCAUCCACCUGCCGCCGCAUCAGGAAUCCCUGAUCCGGGUCCGGCGCUGAAGUUGGACGCCCCGCUGGGUCCGUGGACGAGCAUGUAUGAGGCGAGGGACUAUGUGUUUGAGAUCUUGGAGCAGUUUGCGCGGAAGGAGAGGACGGGGUGGAAGCCUACGGAGGCGAUUCCGGGUCCGGCGGGGCAAGCACAGGGACCGAGUCCGGAACAGGUGGAGAUGAUGGGGAAGGCGAGGGCGUUGUUUACUGCGUAGGGAAAGGAGGGGGAGGGGACUUUGUAUGAUUUGUGGAUGUGCAUGGCGUUGAUUUGGCUGGGGUUGAACUGGGAUGGUAGCUUGGUAGGUAGGUUAUGAUUGAUGCGUGCACGAUACCCAUAUGAUAUGCUCUCUUUGAGCUACGAAUGAAGGAGAGAAAGAAAGAAGAAAUAAAGGGGAUG